UCUGAUCUCAAAAGCUAAAACAUUAUAUUUCAUCUAAAACUGUUAAAAAGCAAUGGAUUGUACCAAAACCGAAGAAGCUCCGGUUAACCGUCUCCAUUUUCCGGCAACGGAGCUAAACCGUUACAAAGAAGAAGAAGGAUCAACAAUAUCAUCGGAAAGUGGGAGCAACGACGCGUUUUCCGACUGUGAUCAACCAUCGUCGAUUGCUAACGAGCUCGAGCUAAUGGAGUUACCUAAAGACGAUAAAGUCUACGAGCUAAUCCAUCGCCAUUGCCAAUCUAACCUGACUCCUCAAUUUCAGAUCAUAUCGAUUCUCAGGAGCGGAUUUCAAAGCCCAUUGGGCCAAGCUAAGCUUAAAGCCUUUCGGAUAUACACAGAUUCCGUGGCGGAGAAAAACGGCGGUUGCGGCAAAGCCGCGGCUGAAGCGGCGAGAGUGAAAUACGGUUGGUGCGGCGUGGAGAAGAAUGAGUUAAAAGAGAUUCUAAUGUACGGAUUUAGCCAGCAAAAGCUUAAUAACAACGAUGGCUUAUUACAUCUCUCACCAGACAAUGCUCCUCUUCAAUGUCUGAAGGAUUCAGGUGAUGAAGAUGGGAUUAGAUUCUUGCUGCUUUCAAGAGUUAUAUUGGGGAAGUCUGAGAUUGUUGUUCCUCAGGGAUCGACCACACAGUCAUGUCCUAGCUCAACAGAGUUCGAUUCAGGAGUGGAUAGUUUAACAACUCCAAGGAAGUAUAUUAUUUGGAGCACACAUAUGAACACUCAUGUUUUGCCUGAGUUUGUUGUUUGCAUCAAAGCUCCAUCAAUAUUGAAAAGAAAGAACCCGAAAUCGCCUUGGGUUUCGUUUCCGAUAUUGAUCAAAUCCAUAUCAAAGUUUCUAAAUCCUUCCCAAAUCCGUCUCAUUCAAAAACACUACAAAGAACUGCAAGAGAGGAAAAUCUCGAGGUCUGAGUUGAUUAAACGACUGAGAAGUAUAACCGGAGAUAGAUUACUGGUUCACAUCAUCAAAUAUUUCGGACAAAAGGUAGACACUUGA